GGAGCCGCCUCGAUGGAGCAGCCCAGUCGCUCGUGAACCAUCGUCGUCAUCGUAGUAACCUUCGACACUGUGCUGUGGGUUUCGUUUUAAUCGCAUCUGUCUUUCAGCAUUAAAUUACAUCCGUGUGUGGUAUCGUGUCUCUGACGUUUGUUUUGUUAGAGCAGCUGCUUCGUUCAUCUGUAAUGUGAGAAUGAAAACAACCGUGAAAGUGUUUCGAUUAAACCAAAGAACAAAAAAUAACAACAAAAAAACCACAAAAAACCCAUCAAAAAAUAAAGGACACACGUGCUUGGAGUGCUUGAGCUUUAUUUGAGAAGAAUUCAACUUCCGUAUUUUUGUGUGUAUGUGUGUGUGUGCUAUACGAAGAACGGUAAAAAUUGAUUGAUUCGGCAAAUGGGACGUGAAUGUUUAUCAGAUCGAGCACAUAAACAUACACGGGCCAAAAAAGGGAAGCGCGUUCAAGCGGCACGGUAGAAAAUUGCUCCGAUGGUACUAUUGACAUAGGAAGAAACCAUCCAAAAGCCUUCGCCGAGACGCCAGGCAGGGGGCCAAAAACGACGGGUGGGUUGGAAAACCAAUAAAAGUUAUCUUCAGAAAACAAUUGCCAAGAAUUGGAACUGCGUUCUUAUAGUGUCGUGCUGUAUGCGUGCCGAUGGAUAGAUAGAUGAAUGGGUGAACCGAUCGAACCAAAUCGGAUUGUUUGAAGUGAAAGCGUGCGGAAAAAGCAACGUCUAUUUAUUUAGCUUGUGUGUGUGCCUAGCUAAUGAAUAUAGACACCAACAUCAACAAACCGCACUAUCGAACGAUACGGCUAUCGGCAGGACGUGCGAAUCGUGUGUUUUUACGUGGAAAAGUGAAGCUAAACAAUGUUAUUACAAUUAGAUGGUGCCAUUGAAGCGACGUUCUCCAUCGAACGAUUACAGCGCAGCAGUGGCAAGAACUACCAGCAAACAAAGGACACCAUUCUAGCGGAUGGCCGACGGAAUGAAGCCAUCAACAGUACAGCCGUUCUCGGCAGGACAGUACAGAACGCCACUAGGUCUACCGGUGUGCGUACGCACGUAACCGUAGCGAUGGCACAAGGAAACAGCAGUACCACGCUAGUAUCGGGCCUCGUACCGAAGGUAACGACACCAACAACACUGACGACGUCCACACCCACCGAACAGCCUGCCCGUAAGGCAGACAUAUUAAUCUAUCCAACAGUAUCACCGGAAACGAUCGUCGUACCGAUCCUGUCCUGCAUAGUGGGUUUUCCCAUCUUUGCCCUGCUAGUCAUCUGCUGUCUGCGCCGUCGUGCAAAGAUUGCACGUGAACGUGACCGGCGGCGAAAUUUCGAUCUAAAGGCCAACACCAUUACGCUGGUACGCUUCAAUUCGCACCACCUCAGCAAUCAACGUUCCAUCCUGCUACAGUCGGGCGACAGUUUGAGUCGCGGAUAUCCGUCUCUCGAUCUGGAUACGGUGUACGAAGAGAAGAGUGAUACGCACUGCAGCAGUCAGCUCGACUCACCUGCCGCACAUAUGCUGCUGACCGAUUCACCACCCGAUACGGACAACGAACAGUGCUAGCAGUCCGAGAGUCCGGUCCGUUCGCGGGCUCCCA